AUGCGAACUGCUUAUAAUUGCCCUGCUUGGAGCAGUGAUGCUCCUAUAAGGCGCUAUUUACCCAUACGAGUGCAUUCCCAGAGAAGACUCCCGAAUGGAAAACAGCUUGGUCAUGCUCAGCAUCAACAGCUUCAUGACACUUCAACUUUCAAGGAUAAUCGUACUUCUUCUCUGCUUUGCCCUCACUUUCCGAGUAGGGAGCUAUGCUUUACGCAUCUUUCAAGUGCAUCAUAUCAUAAGCUGAACGUGAGGUGA